GAAAAAUUUUAUAGAAGGGAUCACAUUGAAUUUGUCACUUUCAAAGUACCAUCUGUUGAGGAGAAAGGAUCACAGAACAAAAUAUUUGAAGUGUGGCGAUGGCGAAAGAGAACGAGCCGGCCAAAUUGCUCCUGCCUUACCUCCAAAGAGCGGAUGAGUUGCAGAAACACGAAGCGCUCGUUGCUUACUACUGUCGGCUGUAUGCAAUGGAGCGGGGAUUGAGAAUUCCCCAGAGCGAGCGUACAAAGACCACCAAUUCCCUGCUUGUUUCUCUAAUAAAUCAGCUCGAAAAGGAUAAGAAGUCACUGCAAUUGGGACCUGAUGACCAUUUACAUGUGGAGGGAUUCGCUUCAAGUGUUUUCUCAAAAGCAGACAAACAAGAUCGGGCUGGACGAGCUGACUUGAAUACUGCAAAGACUUUUUAUGCUGCAAGUAUAUUCUUUGAGAUUCUAAAUCAAUUUGGUGAACUUCAACCUGAUCUUGAACAGAGACAAAAGUAUGCAGCAUGGAAGGCUGCAGACAUUAGAAAAGCUUUGAAAGAAGGAAGGAAGCCUGUUCCAGGACCUCCUGGUGGUGAGAGAGAUUCACCGGACAUGUCAAAUUCUCCCUCAGGUGAAUAUGAUGUUGAAUUUCACAGGAGUGAUAUGUUGGCCAAACCUUCAACAGAAUUCAACUCAUCCCCUCAUCAUGUUGAUCAUAAUUCACAGCAUUACUCUAAUAUGCAGCCUCGUCCAGAAACAAUGCCUCAACCACCUUCACCCCAUGCUCCUUCACCUCCUUCAUAUCCAACUGACGACUAUCAAUCUCAUAUUUUCCAACAACAUCCUCCUCCGAAUAACAAAACUGAAAACGACUAUCAAUCUCAUAAUUUCCAACAAACUCCUCCAAAUCACAAUCCUGAGAACCCUAGUUAUUCUCCGUCCUACAAUCAUCAACCUUACAUGCAAGAGACCCACCAGACAACUUUGCCUCAACAACACUAUCAUCCUCCUCCACAUGAUGGUUCCUCCUUCUCAUAUCCCAACUUCCAAUCUUACCCUAGUUUUGCAGAGACUAGCCUCCCUUCUGUCCCUUCUCAUUAUCCAUCUUACUACCAAGGCGCCGAUGCUUCUUCCCAUUCGGUGCCGGUGCCACCUUCUAAUGCAGCGACCCGCCAAUCAACCUCUCCUUACACUCUAAGUGACAGAAAUGGGCCAACCGCAGAAGCUGCACCACGUACUGUGACCAAGGCAUAUCAGUACGAUAGUAACUACGAGCCUUCACCUGAGAAAAUUUCAGAAGCACACAAGGCUGCAAGGUUUGCAGUGGGAGCUUUAGCAUUCGAUGAUGUUUCUGUUGCUGUCGAUUACCUCAAAAAAUCUCUUGAGUUAUUGACAAAUCCCUCGGUUGGGAAUUGAGUGAUAGCCAAAGUUAACUAAAUCCCUCGGUUGGGAAUUGAGUGAUAGCCAAAGUUAACUAAAAGUUUGAGUGAAUUACAUCAUAUUAUCCUUGUGCAGUCAUUUUAAUAUUUCCCAGUUUGCUAAAUAUUUGCUGCAAUUGUGGAUGCAUGGAUGUUCAUAUUAAUAUCGUCUCACUUGCCA